CUUCCCUAGACGCUGCACUGCCAGCACCCGGCGCUUACACGACACGCCUCAUCGGCCCUCAAUACGCGCCGGACAAAGCUAUAAAGCCGCCAGCACCUUGUCUGUUCGUUGCAUCCAUGUCAGCUUCCCCCCGCCUUCCGCAUUCCCGCGACAGGUGCAGCAGCAAGCCAUCACAAUGGCAGAGGCUAUCGGCGCCGCCUCUGGGCUCCUAACGUUAUCGACCUUUGCAUUUGACGCCAGCAUAAAAUUAUACACCACCGUGAAGGGCUACCAGUCGCAUCCGAAGCAAGUCCGCGAUCUCUUAGAUGAAAUCCAGGCCCUGGUGGAUGUUCUGGGGCCGCUUACGGAUACCAUCAGUGCGAAUGCCGAUGUGGAUCUCUCUGCCCUUAGGUUUCCUCUGCGCCAGUGUGGUAAUGCCUGCUCGGAGCUCGAGAAGGAAAUUAAGAAAUGCUUACCCAAGCCGGACAGCGGCAAGACCAGCCUUCGAGGGUGGGCGAGGCUACGAUACAUGGGCGACGACAUUAAUGGGUUUCGAGGGUUGAUUUCAGGAUAUAAACUGACAAUUAGCAUUGCCCUUGCUGAUGCGCAUCUUCGCAAGUCAUCCAUCACCGCCGAGAGCAUCAAAGCCCACGAAGAGCUUGUCAAAACCGCCAAAGCCGAUCUCGGAGCCCAUCUAGAAAGUCUGGAUGAAAAGAUGGAGCUCAUCCUCGAGAGGACAACAGAAGAUGCCAACCCAGACGAGACUGAAAUGCAGAAACUAAAAGACGAGCGGCUGAGCACCGAGAAAUGCCUCGAAAUCUGCACCCAGCUCUCCCAGCAUAUCGGCGAGAUUGCUAGCUUGAAGAAUCGCAGCGCCUCCUCUGCAUCGGAAGAUGACCCAACCACCUUCCCCGAGCGGGUUGUCAGCGAAGGCUUGCAAGAGUGCCAGGAGAGUCUCAAUACCACGGCCGCCAAGUUGGGCGAGCAUAUGAACUCUGUAUGGGAGCGGCUUCUAGCAAAAUCAAAGACCGUCCUCACCUCCGAGGAGGAGAUUGAGGAACUAUCCAAGUUGAAGGAUCAGUGGGAGACAACCCGGCAAUGCAUCGACAUCUGCUCGAAAGCGGAUCGGCGCAUGCGAGAAAAUGUCAGUAAUAUUGUCAACCAUUCUACGGGUGACGCUGUACAGUUCAUGGUCUCCACCGAUGGCAACAUCAUCAAUGGGACUAACAAGGGUCUCGGAUGGAGAUCGAGGCAGGUGGGAGGCCAUCUCAAUGAUGCUACUGUGCAACAAAUAUCGCGCGACUUUGCAAGUGUCUACCUUCGGCAUCCUGAAAAUGGAGCAGCAGCGCCUCAUUCGACAUCCCCUACUCCGAGUCCGGAUGAGUCUUCAUAUGAAUUCACUCAACGAUAUGGACGGGGUAGCAAACUUUCCCCUAAAUCGACACCCCAGGGAUCUAUGGGAAGGGUGGCAUAACAACCCGCAAAUAAGACGCCCUUGACUUUUCUGCGUUCAGCUUAGCGUUUUUCUUUUCUUUGGAUAGUUUGUACUCGAGUCGGCGAUUUGGUAUCCACGUACUCUAUAAAAUUAUAUAUUCCUGAUAUUCAGACUAUAUACAUAAGCCCUUUACGAAGUUUCGCUAUUAGUAGCGGCGCCAGUCUCAUACCUAAACACGAAUAGCUGUCCC